UCAAGAGAGUUCUGGAACAAAAGCCUGGAGGGGAGAAAAUACUUAAAGAAUAUGCAACAAAAGGAGAGAUGAAGGAUCGAACACGCCGUGAACUUGUCAACAUUGUUGUCGCUGAUAUGUUGGAAAAGUAUGGAAGAGCUCCGCCAAAGGACAAAAGAACACAAUAUGCAUUGGGGAUUGUGACACUGUUCCCUUCUCUAAAAGAUCCCUACUCGAAAAUGGGCUAUGAGCAUUUCUAUGAUGCAGAUAGCAACGAGGGCUACAUUGCCUGGAAGCUCAAAAACACACAGCGAGAACUCAGCGGCGGCAGUAACAGUGGAGUUCGGAGAAGGAGCUCUCAAACUUCAGACAGCAGUGGACCGGAGUUGGAGAGGGAAGUAACUAAAGAGCAACAGCUGGAGGGAGACCAAUGCUGCGAGGCCGUAUCUCUACUGAAACACAGCACAGACAAAGAACAGAUCUUGAUAAAAAUGAGAGCAACCUUCCAACACAGACAAAAGUUGAUCCAUGAUCCUGAGCGAUGCAGCACAGUGCUUACAGUUUUCCCAAGAUUCCUUGACACAAAAGGCCUUGUUCUACAGGACUUUGAGCUGUUGUUUGGAGCAGAGACUUCAUCAAAAUUCUUGGAGAAGUGGGGAACACUCCUGAAGGCGAAAGUAAUCGAGCAAGCCAAAAACCUCAGUAAGACACCCCAGCUUGACUAUCUCAUUCAGUCUGCAGACGAGAACCCUGAUGAGGAUGACGAGGUCCCAGGUUGGGAUAGUGACAUGGCCUCAAUCCUCCUGCUGGUCUACCUCCUGCCACCAAGUGGAAAGAAGGGAGCCGUGAAGAUCAGUAUCCGGGAAGCUGUGGAUCAUGUAGUGAAGUUUCAUAAGGCGGGUCGCAGCCUUCAGGAGCACUCUGGUCCAGCCCAGCGGAAGCAGCCCUACAUCCUGGCCGUUGGCAUGACAAGAAACAACAUCCAUGAAUACUACAUUGCAAUGGAUGGUGAGCUCCUUCCCUGCAAGGCCAAGUCUUCCCUGUCAGCCUUUGAUGAACUUUUCAAGACACAUUAUGUGUUUGGCAUCUCCUAUGACCAGGCCCUAAACAGCAUGUACACAUUUGUGCAAACCACCAUCUACAAUAUCGAUGUAGGGCUUUCUCAUGAAACUCCCAGAGUCAAGGACCUUAGGGCAAAGCUCCUCAACUGAAGUUGUGAUGUACAAAU